UUCCAUUUAUCCCUGCAAACAAAUUGAAUAUAAAUAGACAAAUUAAUUAUUAAUUUUAAGUUAACAUAGUACAAAAUUUGAAUUGGUCGUUAGAAGAAACGCUGCAGUUAAAUACUUAUACAAUUGUUUGGUAACUAGGGCGCGCAAUAUUUGGCGGUAAAAUAUUCAAUUGCAUUUGUUUCUGUAACCUCAAAUCCGAUCCAAAUCGUUCCUCGCCGUAUACAUGUGAUAUAGACGUAUUAUUGUUAUUAAUAGUGUACAUCAUCAUCUUUAAGUGUAUCAAGUAUUAAUUGUGAGAUAUAAAGAUGGCUGUGGUUAACUCCUGGAAGAGUAUGAGCUAUGAUGAGAAUAGACCUAAUUUACCAUGGGUGGAGAAGUACAGACCAAACACCCUAGAGGAUUUCUACAAUUUGGAUGACAUUGUCACUACUCUGAAGAAGUUCAUAGAUGAAGGGCAACUACCGCAUCUGUUAUUCUAUGGUCCACCAGGCACAGGAAAAACUAGCUUAAUCCUCGCCUGCGCCAGAAAACUAUACACACCUGCACAGUUCAAUUCAAUGGUUCUAGAAUUGAAUGCGUCGGAUGAUCGAGGUAUCGGCAUUGUUCGGGGGCAAAUUUUAACGUUCGCCAGCACCAGGACCAUCUUCAAAUCCGGCUUCAAACUGAUCGUAUUGGAUGAAGCCGACGCGAUGACCAUGGACGCACAGAAUGCGCUGCGAAGGAUUAUUGAAAAGUACACGGAGAACGUGCGCUUCUGCAUAAUCUGCAAUUACCUGAGCAAGAUAAUCCCGGCGCUGCAGUCACGUUGCACCAGGUUCAGGUUUGGCCCGGUGCCCAAUCUGGACAUGGCGCCAGUCAUCCACAUGGUCGCAGAAAUGGAAAAGUUGGACGUGCAUCAUCUGGGCAUGGAUUCGAUCGUGCAGUUGUCGAAGGGAGAUCUGCGAAAGGCACUCAACGUACUGCAGAGCACCUCCAUGAGUUACGACAAGAUCACCGAGGAGAACGUGUACCUCUGCGUCGGACACCCGAGACCUGCGGACAUUCAAUACGUUAUCGAGACGAUACUCAGCAAAGACUUUAAGACAAGCUACGAAAAGAUCAGAGAAAUGCAAACCGUAAAGGGAUUCGCUCUACAAGAUAUAUUGUCGGAGGCGCUCAAAUACAUCUACAGAAUCGAAUUUCCGUUCGAUUUUCUGAUCGAGCUGUGGGAGGCGAUGGCCGAAAUCGAGUUCCGUUUGGCGGCAGGAAGCAACGAGCACAUGCAGUUGACCGCCUUCAUUUCGGCGUUGCAGAGGGGCAAAUCGAUCGUCCCACCAACCGACAUCUAAUAAUCACAAUAAUCUGUUCCUGUUUUUGUAACCGUUGUACCAUUUGAUAUAUUCAUAAUAAAUAUUA